UCCUCGCGUCGCUGCUGCAGUGAAGGCGACGGAAACAGACGCAAAACAGCUCGUUACUGCUUCUACUGCUUGGUCAAAACAAGCCAUUUCUUCACAAAACAACAGCAUUUUCUUCUUUUAUCUGUGCUGUCAUUUAUUGUUGUUCGUUUCCGAGGGGCAAUUCCGUCGCAAAAUGGGAAAUGAAGCAAGUUAUCCCCUGGAAAUGUGCACACAUUUCGAUUCUGAUGAGAUUAAAAGGCUGGGAAAGAGAUUUAAGAAACUCGACCUAGAUAAUUCAGGAUCUCUCAGUGUGGAGGAGUUCAUGUCUUUGCCUGAGUUGCAGCAGAAUCCGCUGGUGCAGAGAGUCAUUGAAAUAUUCGAUACAGAUGGCAACGGCGAGGUGGACUUCAAAGAGUUCAUAGAAGGUGUGUCACAGUUCAGUGUGAAGGGUGAUAAAGAACAGAAGCUCCGCUUCGCUUUUAGAAUCUAUGAUAUGGACAAGGACGGCUAUAUUUCCAACGGAGAGCUCUUCCAGGUGUUGAAGAUGAUGGUGGGCAAUAACUUGAAGGACACUCAGCUGCAGCAGAUAGUGGAUAAAACCAUCAUCAAUGCAGACAAGGAUGGAGAUGGAAGAAUAUCUUUCGAGGAGUUCUGCGCUGUUGUUGGAGGUCUUGAUAUACACAAGAAGAUGGUCGUGGACGUGUAAGCAGGUCUCGUCUCCACACAAUCCGCUGUCCCUCUUCAUCUCUGACUAUCUGCUCAAGAUAUCCAGCAAAUGCUCUCUGUGUAUUUCAAUGGAAGUAUUUAUCAAGCCACUUUUUCUAAAUAGAAGCUAUGUGAAGCCAGCAUGUAAGUGUUAUUGAACUGAUCUGCUCAAUAACCUGGUGUAGCACUUCUGGGCGUACGGACGUUGAAAGAGCAUCUCAGUUAAAGAGGAAAGGGCAUUGGCUUGAUCAUAUUUAUUUUGUUUUUAAUGCUUCUUUUUUAAUAUUUAUUUUGUUUUCAUCUUUUUUUUUUUUAAAUAACUAAGAUAUAAAUAAGUGUAAGUAGGGUAUGACGUGCCAAGCAGAACACACCAAUAGAAAUCCUGGUGGAAAUAAGAAUCUACCGCCAUCCUUUUGAGGGAGAACUGUUUGAUCGCAUGAUGAAAUAAUCCAAGUUUUCCCUCUUUCUGAUUUCUAUCAUCUAACCAUGUUUUUGUAUUAAUCGUGAUAUGUUUUUGUUUAAAUGGUAAUAUUGUUGGAAAGUGCAUUUUUCUUGGCUGAAUUGAGACAGUCCAGUAGAAACAGGUAACAAGACACAAUGAUUUGGAUUACUUCAAUACUCAACAAUCUCCAGACAAUCCCAGCAGCAGCACAAUAUCCUCAUUUGAAUGCUUAAGAAAUGAAUGAAAACAUGAAUGUCAUUGCAUUAGAUAACAAAAUAUCCAACCUGUGGCAUCUGCCAACAAAUAAUGUAUUUUGAAAUGGUGAUUUUGAUGGAUUUACGAAGGCAUUACCCUUGAGCUUGCAUGUAUCUUCGCAGAGUAACCACAGGGAUAAAUUAACAAGUCAUGAUUUUGAAUCUAACAUUCUGAUUCAUGCAUACAUGACAUUUGCUUUGAUAUUUUUUUAUCUAAUGUGGCAUAACUGUCUGACUAUUUGGGACCACUGUGUAUUUGGUUUUAGAAUAACCAUAUGGAUUUCACCUACAUAUUCUUUUUGUACCCAAAUGUAUACGAAGCAGGAUAUCCUUGUGCUUUGGUCAAUUAUGCAGUAAACUCAUUCUGCAAGUGAAAUACUUUACAAUAUAAAGCACCUACAAUAGAGAAAACAGCUAACAAAAAAAAUACAGUUUGAAUGUUACUCUGAAUGUUUACAUGCAUGAGUGGAGCAGCUUAACCAAAUUCAUGGUUUAUGAAUUAUAGCAUAUCAACUAUACUCUGAUCAUAUCACUGGGUCUCUUUGACAAACAUAAAGCUUCUGUUCUGCUUGCUAGAAACUAGUUCCUUUCUGCAUGUCUUAUUUUUAAAUGAUUCCAAUUGUUUACACUUUAGUGUGAAAUUGAUGUGAAAUAUACAUAAAAACAUUCAUUUUUGAGAUUUACACAGGUCACAAAAUCUUAUUCAAAUCACAUACUAAAUUUAGGUGGUAAUUUACCCCUUUGUUUUGUAAAUAGAUAUCUUUAACGGUAUUCAUGCUUUUUUGCUAAAUGCAAUGGGUACCACAUCAUUUAAAGUCAGUUUUGGGAUGUCUAUUCUGCAUGCUGCAUCAUAUGGGAUAUGGACUACUUGAUUCUGUAUGAAAACAAUAAAAAUAUAAAACUGGACAACUUA